CCCCGCUCCGUCACUGCUCGGCGCCGGGGGCCGCCAUGGCCUCGGUGGUGUCCGCAGGCCGAGGGGCCGCCGAGGAGCCGCCGCCGGCCGAGCCGCCCACCGAGCAGAAACCGCCGCCCGCCCCGCCGGCAGCAGCGCAGGAGGAGUUCUCCUUCCUGCCGCUCGUCCACGACAUCAUCAAAUGCAUGGACAAGGAUAGCCAGGAUGUUCACCAGGUGCUGAACGAGCUCAAGAACAAGUUCCAGGAGAUGAGGAAGCUGAUCAGCGCCAUGCCUGGCAUCGGUGUGAGCCCAGAGCAGCAGCAGCAGCAGCUGCAGAGCCUGCGGGAGCAGGUCCGGACCAAGAACGAACUGCUGCAGAAGUACAAGAGCCUCUGCAUGUUCGAAAUCCCUAAGGAAUAGGAAGGGAGCAGCUCUGCAGUCUGAGGCUGGGAUGCCUCUUCUCCUGGCUGGAAAGGAGAGGUUUACUUUGUGGGGCUUUUUUUUGUCACGUUCCUGUGACGUUGUGGCUGUGUGGGUCACAGGCAUGUGACACUGAACCAGAACCGUUCGUGUGUCCUUCACAUGCGAUGGUUACAGCAGUGCCUUUGCUUUGAUCUGCUGUAGGACUGCGUGCAUUUAUACAUGCAGCUCUUGGGGUUGGCUGUAUUUUUUUCAUUCAAGCAAGCAGAACACAGUAGGUUUUCUCAAAAGAGAAGGUGGCAGUGCCUGCUGGUUCAGUUCAACAGGGAAAAAAAGGAGGCAUUUUCUAUAUUUUUUCUUUCUCAAUCCUGAAAUGACAAACAUUGAAAGGGAGCAAAGGGAAGCAGAGCUGUUCGGCCUGGAAAGCCUGUUUGUUGGGAAGGGUCUCUGGGGUGCUUUGCAGCCAGUGUGUUGGAAGAGGAACGGUUGCUUUCUGUUGCUUUUGUGUUUUUCUCUCUGUUUUUAAACUGGUCGUUGUGCUUGAGAUGAGUCAAGUAAAGGUUAGAAACUCCAAACUGC